AUGGAGCAGCCCGGGGCGGCGGCGUCGGGAGCGGGAGGCGGCAGCGAGGAACCCGGUGGGGGCCGGAGCAACAAGCGGAGCGCGGGGAACCGGGCCGCCAACGAAGAGGAAACGAAAAACAAACCCAAAUUGAACAUUCAAAUAAAAACUUUGGCAGAUGAUGUGCGUGACCGAAUUACAAGUUUUAGAAAAUCUACUGUCAAAAAAGAAAAACCUCUUAUUCAACAUCCUAUUGAUUCUCAAGUUGCAAUGAGUGAGUUUCCAGCAGCUCAGCCAUUAUAUGAUGAACGAUCUUUGAAUUUGUCAGAAAAGGAAGUACUGGAUCUCUUUGAAAAAAUGAUGGAGGACAUGAACCUUAAUGAAGAACGAAAAGCUCCUUUACGAAACAAAGAUUUUACCACCAAGCGUGAGAUGGUUGUCCAGUAUAUUUCUGCUACUGCCAAAUCUGGAGGGCUGAAAAACAGCAAACAUGAAUGCACCUUAUCUUCACAAGAGUAUGUUCAUGAAUUACGAUCUGGUAUUUCAGAUGAGAAACUUCUUAACUGCCUUGAAUCUCUGAGGGUUUCUUUAACCAGCAAUCCUGUCAGCUGGGUUAACAACUUUGGCCAUGAAGGUCUUGGACUCUUAUUGGAUGUGCUGGAAAAGCUUCUGGACAAGAAACAGCAAGAAAAUAUAGACAAGAAGAAUCAGUAUAAACUUAUUCAGUGCCUCAAAGCAUUUAUGAAUAAUAAGUUUGGAUUGCAAAGGAUUCUAGGAGAUGAAAGGAGUCUUUUGCUAUUGGCAAGAGCAAUUGAUCCCAAACAACCCAACAUGAUGACUGAAAUAGUAAAAAUACUUUCUGCUAUUUGCAUUGUUGGAGAAGAGAACAUUCUAGAUAAACUUUUAGGGGCUAUAACUACUGCAGCAGAAAGAAAUAAUAGGGAACGAUUUUCACCAAUUGUGGAAGGAUUAGAAAAUCAUGAAGCUUUGCAAUUACAGGUGGCCUGCAUGCAGUUUAUAAAUGCUCUUGUCACUUCACCUUAUGAGCUUGAUUUUAGAAUACAUUUAAGGAAUGAAUUCCUACGUUCGGGACUAAAAACAAUGUUACCAGAUCUAAAAGAAAAAGAGAAUGAUGAACUUGAUAUUCAGUUGAAAGUAUUUGAUGAGAACAAAGAAGAUGACCUAAAUGAAUUAUCACACCGUCUCAAUGACAUUCGAGCAGAAAUGGAUGAUAUGAAUGAAGUGUAUCAUCUUCUAUAUAAUAUGUUGAAGGACACUGCUGCUGAAAAUUACUUAUUAUCCAUUCUACAACAUUUUUUGCUCAUCAGAAAUGAUUAUUAUGUCAGGCCACAGUAUUACAAAAUAAUUGAGGAGUGCGUUUCACAGAUAGUGCUGCACUGCAGUGGUAUGGACCCAGAUUUCAAGUAUAGGCAAAGAUUAGACAUUGAUUUCACGCAUCUGAUAGAUUCUUGUGUGAACAAGGCAAAAGUUGAAGAAAGUGAACAAAAAGCAGUGGAAUUUUCAAAGAAGUUUGAUGAAGAAUUCACAGCUCGACAGGAAGCUCAAGCUGAGCUUCAAAAAAGAGAAGAAAAAAUUAAAGAGCUUGAAACAGAAAUCCAGCAACUUCGAACCCAGGGACAUGGACUCUCAGGUUCAUCAGGAAUUCCAGGCCCUCCUCCACCACCUCCAUUGCCAGGUGGUGGGUCAUCCCCACCGCUACCACCUCCACCAGCACCACCUCUACCUGGAGGAACUCCCCCUCCUCCUCCACCUCCUUUACCUGGAAUGAUUGGUAUACCACCACCACCACCACCACCUUUGUUUGGGGGACCUCCACCACUUCCCCUUGGAGGAGGAAUUCCUCCUUUCCCAGAAGCAGCACUUGAUUUGCCUUAUGGGAUGAAGCAGAAAAAAAUGUAUAAACCUGAGGUGCCCAUGAAGAGAAUCAAUUGGUCAAAGAUUGAGCCCAAAGAGUUAUCUGAGAACUGUGUCUGGUUAAAAGUUAAGGAGGACAAGUUUGAAAAUCCUGAUCUCUUUGCAAAAUUGGCACUGAAUUUUGCUACCCAGAUAAAAGUUCAAAAGAAUGUAGAAGCUUCAGAAGAAAAGAAGAUCCUCCCUGCAAAGAAGAAAGUGAAAGAAUUGAGAAUUUUGGAUCCCAAAACGGCCCAGAAUCUGUCACUGCUUUUGCUGAAUUCCAACCUUGUAAAACAUCUUCCUGAGCAGAAAGUACUCAGUGAAUUAGCACAGCUGAGGAAUGAAUAUGAUGACCUCUGUGAGCCUGAGCAAUUUGGAGUUGUGAUGAGCUCAGUGAAAAUGUUACAGCCUCGUCUCGAAAACAUUCUUUUCAAGCUCACGUUUGAAGAACAUGUAAACAACAUCAAACCAAGCAUCAUAGCAGUAACUCUUGCCUGUGAAGAACUGAAGAAAAGUGAAAGCUUUAACAGACUUUUAGAAUUAGUUCUUUUGGUUGGAAACUACAUGAACUCAGGCUCAAGAAAUGCCCAGUCUUUGGGUUUUAAAAUCAACUUCCUUUGUAAGAUCAGAGAUACUAAGUCAGCAGAUCAAAAAACAACCCUCUUGCAUUUUAUUGCUGAAAUUUGUGAGGAAAAAUACCGGGAUAUCCUGAAAUUUCCUGAAGAGCUGGAACAUGUAGAAAGUGCAAGCAAAGUUUCAGCUCAAAUUCUCAAGAGCAACCUUACAGCAAUGGAACAGCAAAUUAUUAAUCUGGAACGUGACAUCAAGAAAUUCCCCGAAACAGAAAAUCAACAUGAUAAGUUUGUGGAGAAGAUGACAAGCUUUACAAAGAGUGCCAGAGACCAGUAUGAAAAACUGUUCACCAUGCACAACAACAUGCUAAAGCUCUAUGAGAAUCUUGGAGAAUACUUUAUUUUUGACUCUAAGACAGUGAGCAUAGAAGAGUUCUUUGGUGAUCUCAGCAACUUCCGAACUUUGUUUCUGGAAGCAGUGAAAGAAAACAACAAGAGAAAAGAAAUGGAAGAGAAGACUAGAAGGGCAAAGCUUGCAAAAGAGAAAGCUGAACAAGAGAAGUUAGAACGCCAAAAGAAAAAGAAACAACUCAUUGAUAUAAACAAAGAGGGUGAUGAGACUGGUGUGAUGGAUAAUCUUCUAGAAGCCCUACAAUCAGGUGCAGCAUUCCGAGACCGCAGAAAGCGGAUUCCAAGGAAUCCAGAUAACAGACGAGUACCUUUGGAAAGGUCACGCUCUCGCCACAAUGGAGCUAUCUCAUCUAAGUGAAUCCUGAUGCCAAAGAAUAUGAAAAUAUUUAAGUAAAAGAAAUCAUAUAUUUUGAGAAGAACAAAAUAUCCACUCAAGGGAUAGAGAGGAAAUAAAUGCAUUUCUGCAAGGAUCAAGCUAAGCUGGGUGAAAUAGCAUGUAUUUUUACAGCUAUUGCAAGAUGCUUUCACAAUUAUACAAACACAAUUACAAGGAUUAUAAAACAUGUGUUCCAUUUUAGUGUAAAGAUGUGUAUUGUUAUUGUGUGUGACCUGAUGGUAAUGAUGAAAAGUAUAAGAAAUUCAAAAACAUUCAGUCUGUCAAAAAAUUACAAUGUUAAUCAAAUUGCAGGUCACCCCCCCCCAAAAAAAAGGAAAAGAAAGGAAAUAGAAUUAUUCAAUGUCUGCUUCUGAUUCCUGUUACAUAGAAAAAGAAAAGGCCAAUGAAAAUGUGUGUAUUAAUGAUUUGGAGAGGUACUCUGCAAGAGAAGCCAUUUUGGAAGCUAAAAAAAAAAGUACUGCUUCAACCCCAUGAAUUUAUUUAGAAUCUUAUCUCAAGUGAAAGCUGAUGGAUUCAUCUGCUUUGGCUGAAAUUAAACUUAUCAUUAAUCUAGAGUUUCAGCAUGAUGUUGCAGGCACUUAUCAUUGCUAAAAAUAAACUAGAGUUUAACAGAAGCAGAGAAAGUGAUUUAAACUUUAUUUAAAGAGGUAUUUUCUAAUUAUGCACAUAUAUCUACUUUAUACAAAUACUUCAUAUGACUAUUUUUUGAGAAAAACCUCACAUUUUAAUGUUUAUUCUGGGAUGAGCCUGAAAAUUCUAUUACCUUUAUUAAGAUUUUUUAAAGGUAAAUAUUGAUU